CUACUAAUUGACAUUUUCUGGUGUGAGAGAGAGAGUGGGAAGCAGAUAUAAGAAGAACAUGAGAGAAAAGUUACUUAGAAUAUUAGUGGAUUCAUAGAUACUAAGGUCAGAAGGGACGAUUAUGAUCAUCUAGUGGAUCUUUGUUUCUGCAUGAGGAGACGCUUAGAGGUCUAAAAUAUUAGAUCUUCAAAUAUCUGAUGUCUCAGACCUGCAUCAAUAGGAUAUAUAAACUGAGUUCCCUGCAGUUUUCUGUGUGAAUUUUGCAGACCAGAACUUAACAAUGGAGACGUCACACAUUGAAGAGCUCAUAAUUUAUUUAUUUGUUUUAUUUUGUUUGCUUUAUUUGUAAGAGUAGGGAUUUUUUCUGGUGAUAUGUGCCACUUUACCCUGGUUCCUACCAUUAUGCACAAAUACAUACACUAUUUCAUUGUACUACUUGGUUGCUACCUUACGUUGGUUACAGAAGCUGGUGUUUUGAGUUUUCAUGAUCUGAUGUCUUUUUUUUUUUUUUUUGGAUAGCUGUACGUAGGAGGAUCACUCCUGGUACUAGGUUGUGAACGACAUUGGAUGUUCAGUAGCAAAAUUAUUUUUCCAUCUUUGCUUAGGCACCAGUUCAGGAAAGCACUGUAGCAUGUGCUUAAGUCAUUUUAAUUCAGGAAAGCUCUUACAGUUAGCUUCACUACAGUGUGACUUUAAGCAUAUGUUUAAGUUAAGCAUGUGCUUUAGUGCCCUUCCUGAAUAGAAACACUUCUCUGAAUCAGAGCCUUAGUUUGAAGGCUUUUUGGAUUAGGACCUUUUUUUUUUUCAAGAUGUGUGUACAGACCUAGCAUACUGGAGACCCGAUCCCUUACUGGAAUCUCUCUGUUCUUCCGCAAUGCAAAUAUUUAUAAAUUAAAUUAUAACAGACUUCACACUGUAUAUUUGUGUGGAUACAUGAUAUUGUGUCUAUGUUAACUUUGUUCUUGUCUCUACAGGUGAAAGCCUCUUCAGUUCUUAGACUGAGGGUUGAACAAAUUCUUGCAGAGUUUAAGGUUAAAGCCCUUGAGUGUCACCCUGACAAACAUCCUGGAAACCCUAAAGCUGUGGAGAAUUUUCAGAAGCUGCAGCAGGCUAAGGAGAUUCUUACUAACGAAGAGAGUCGAGCUUGUUAUGAUUACUGGCGACGAAGCAAAAUUACCAUUCCAUUCCAGGAGUGGGAGGCUCUGAGCAACUCCAUAAAAACGUCAAUGCACUGGGCUGUCAGAAGUAAAAAAGAGCCAAUGCUGGAAGCACCUGAGCUAAAUAAUAGCAACAACAUAACUAAUGACACUUGGGCCCAACAGGCUGAAAACAGUAAAGAUGGAUUGUCAGAUGAGAGAAGGGAGCAAGAUGAUGCUGAGACUUCUGGUGAGAAGCCACAAUCACCAAAGAGUCCAGACUCUCCAAGAUUUUUAGAUGCAAAUUGCUUGCACUUGCGUUUCCGCUGGUCAGGUGAUGCCCCUUCAGAGCUUCUGAGGAAGUUCAGAAACUACGAAAUAUAAAGUGCGAGCCCAAGACACAUGACAGCAUGGAAUUGUCUGCUCAACAGUGCAGUAUUUUUUGUCCAUGGUUAAAAUUUGUUUGUAUCUUGUGCCUGUUCACCAUUAUUUGAAUGUUCCGUUAUGUGGCUUUGUAAUACUGAUCUGUUAUCACACUUUGUAUGAGUAUUUUAGGUGGAAGAAUUUUGAGGGCCAGCCACUAUCUUUAUUCAGUAUUAGCAUAAGUAACAAUUAUAUGCAUAAUGUGGUCCAGUGUUUUAUAUCAGUUUCCUGUGUUCUUCUUUAGUAUACAAUCAGAUGGCUUUUCUGUCCGUAUUAAACAUAUAAGAAUGUAUUGUGCGUAUAUAUUUCUUGCAGGAUGAAGAACUCAUGGUAUUAAAAAAUAAUCUCCCAAACCUGAAUGACAAUGAAUUUUAAAUACAGCUGUGUAUAUUUCUAAAUUAGAUAUUUUGGGCCUGAUACUCCACUGCCUUGCACAUUGUGUAGUCAUUCAGACCUAUGCACAGUGCGUGUAAAACAAGUGUAAAUAAUUGGAGAGUUCCGACUUGGUAAUGUUUUGCACUGGUGUUAGUGACUAAAUGAGAUAGUGGAAAAUCAGGCCCAUUAAGUUUUAACAUGAGCAACAAUUAACAUGAAACACUUUGAUUCUUUGGGCAAUGUUACAAGUUUUUAACACUGUAUAACCUACAUAUAGGAUAUAAUGAUAGUGCUAAAAUGGAUUUGUGGCUUGGAGGCAUUUUGUUUCUUGGGUGGCCAGCUAACUUUACAGCAGCAAAGUUAAGUUACUGCAGGGUAUAUACAUAAAUAUUGACUGUUCUUUUAAUUUCUUGGAUCCAGAUCAUCCCCUGAAGUUUCCUGCCUACCAUCUCUUCAAAUGGGAGAGAUUUGAGGGGGGCCAUGCAGAAGAGAAGGUGUGAAGCCUCCCUAAAACCCAUGAAUAUUUGGGAGCUUCAGGGAAGGUUAACCCAGAUCAACAGAGACAAAGAUGUCUCCUGUCUCUGUGCUUGUACAGGGAAACUAUGCUAUCACUAGCUCAGUUACCAUGUGGUUAGCAGCUGCCAAGGAAACCUUACCUAAAUAUUAUGAUUAUUGUAUCAGAUAAUUCUUUGGCCAAUAGUUGCAAUACAGCUGUGGAGUUAUUUUUGUGUUAUGCAAAAUAAAAUACCGUUAAUGCAAUUCACAUUGUAGCUCUGUAAUCCUGGCACAAAUGAAAAAACUUAUAUGGAACUGGGAACAUGCUGAUAGGGCCAGAGCUUUUUAGAUAUAAAUGGCAAAUUAAUAGUUAAAAAAUGUCACCUGAUGAACAGAUUGAAGCUGAAUGCAAAUAAUGUCAUUAAAAAUUCCAGUCUCAGUAAAAUUGAAGGGUGAGCACAAUUGCUUCCUGUUUGCUUAUUUUGUUCUCAGAAUAUGAUGAUAGCUACAGGUUCAAUAAUAGUAGAAAGUGGCACUGAUGACUAAUACGGUUAUUGAGAAGCUUUAAUUUCCUGAAGUCAAACACUGUUACCUUCCACUUUCAUAUCCAUAAAUGAGGAGAAACCAAGAUUGCUGGCGAUGCAGUGAGUGAAGAUGUUAUAAAGCUGAUGCAAUGACAUAGCAAAUGAUAAAAUGACUCACAAUAAAAGUUUCAGUCUUUCAGAUGCUG